GCGUUUCACAUCAGUACUGAGCUGACAGCUGCUAGCCUGCAGCGGUGUGGGUGCCGCUCUUGUUGGUGGAGCGUGGGGAGGCCAGAGGCUUGGUGUGGUACAUGUCACUGGUGCCACCAUGGGGCUGAUGGCUGUAGUGUGUGUUGUAUGGGCUGAUGUGGAAGGAGCCCCUACUGAUGGGAAAAACCAGUUGGUUGGUGACAUGCUCUGCCUCGGCGGUUCCCUCCUAUACGCCAUGGUCACAGUAAUGCAAGAGUUCAUGCUACAAACACUAUCCUGUUCCGACUACCUCGCAUUUCUCGGUCUGAUCGGCAGCGUAGUAUCUUGUACACAAACCUUCUUCCUAGAGUUUACUGAACUUAUGGAAUUUAACUGGUAUGAUUUGGACACUAUAGUCCAAUUGGCCAGUUAUUGCGCUGUGCAGACAAUAUUUCAGGUUUUACAAUGCUUCAUGCUGAGGGAUGCGGGAGCUAUUAUAUUGCAUUUGUCGUUCCUGUCGGCGGAUUAUUAUACGCUCAUAGCUGGAAUGUUUAUUUUUCAGUUUAAGUUCCAUGCACUGUAUUUCCUCUCGUACAUGCUGGCUAUGGUCGGAGUGUUCCUGUUCAGCUCUCGUCUGACGCGCCAGCCGCCGCCACAGCCAGACCGACUACCACAGCUAGUCAAUGAUUCAGUGCAGUCACAGGAUAAUGUUUCUAUGGAAUACACAGUUCCUACACUGGACUGUAUACCGAUCGAGGGUCUGGAGCCACCGAUGAGCAGAGACACGACAUUCACAUCGUUCCUCGGUGGACCGCAAACUAUACAAAAUGGCGUCGUCACUUUCGCGCAGACCAACGGUUCCCAGAUCGCGAAAGAGGUUUGUUAAUGUUAGCUUCUAAUGUUAGACAAGUAGAACUUAUGGCUGGGGACUGCAGAAGUUAUUUAUAUUUACUAUUCUUUUUUAUAUUAAAGGUUUAGAGCUCCUGCGUUAGCCACAGCCUCUGUUGUUCGGAAUUAUUUUCGUAAUCAUUACUAACCCGAAAUUGUUUCAAUAACUACCGACUAAAACUUUAUAUAGGCAGAUAGGCAGAUAGGCAGUCUCCAGUUUUAUUGUUCGAUUUAGGGACUGUAUGUUAAACUAGUCAUUUAAAAUUAUUUACAAAAUUAUUUCAAAGUUUUUAUUAAUAAUUAGAAUCCUGCAGAAUUUCCUAGUAGCUAUGAAUGGACUUCAAAUUAUUUUUAUCUGUUACAUGCUGUUUAUAUUUGAUAUUAAGUAUUAUAUACCCUAUUAUAAGCACUAUAUCGUCCUAAGAAUCUAUGUUAUAGUUUGGCUAAAGUCAUUUAAAAUAGAUUAAGAAUAGUCCGCCUUUUAUUACCUACUCAUUUUCAGCCAUUCGCCGAUAAUAAAUAAGAUUUACAAAUACCGAUCGGUCCACCUGUUACUGUGACUUGUUAAUAAUUGUUUCCAAAACAUUACUAUGGCCCUACGAGCCAAAGGCUUUUUGUUUUUUUACCAUGCAAGAAUAACUGUAAUACACGCACAAAUAGUAUCUUUUUGUUAUUAUACCUAUACUUGAUUUGUUUCGGUACUGAAAAUUUGUAACAAGCUUGGUGUCUCUUUUUGUCUAAAAUUCAUUCACACUCAGUUAAAAAUAAAACGCGGCUACACAACAAAAAAUAUUACCAAAUCGAACAUACCAGUGCAUAAAAACCGCACAUUUAAUAACAAUAAAUUCUUCUCUAUCAUAAGAUUUUAUACCUUUUUUAAGUACCCAAACAAAUUGAUAAUAGUCAUUUUAUCGUGUCUCGUCAGAAAGAACUCAGUGACAUGUGUUGUUAAUUAAACAUUGCUAGUAUGAUUAUAGUAGUUCUAAUUACGAGUCUUGGUAAUUGCGAAAAAUGCUUUAUUGAAUGUAGAUAUAGGAUUUCUUGUGAUACAGACUUCGUAUAUUUUUUUCCGGCAGUGUUAUUUAUGUCCAGCCUAAUAGUUUCUUAAAUGUUUACGAGUAAAAUGUAUCAAGUAAUUUAAGAACUAAAAAACAAUUUGACUGGAAGAAAAGAAGUCUAAAUAACCAUCUAAAUAUGUAAUCAUUAAAAUCGUGUUUAAUCUCACUAAAUACUAGUUAUAGUAACACUGACUAUCUAGAAUGCUAGUCAUUAAUAAAUAGUUUAGAAAAUUAUAUUAGCGCACAUUAAAGUUAAAUAGUUUUAGUAAUUGAUUAUGAACGCUCCAUUUUACUGCCUAGCAAUAACUGACUAAUCUCAGUAAAGAAAACGAAAACUGCCACAUAUUCGAAUUUCGACUCAAUUUUUUAUUAUCAGUAUUAAAAAUAGCAAUGUUUGUAUAAAAUUUUAAAAUGUAGUUUCUAUAAAUUGAGAGAAAUUGUAUCGAGUUUUUGUAAGGUUUAGAACAUUUAAAUAUAGUCAAAUUACCGCAUUUGGUAAGACUUGAUUACUUAAUAAAAUACAUACUUAACUAAAUUGAAAAUAAAGUUUAUAUAGACCGUAUAAUAUUGUAUCAGAUUGCAGUUAUAAUAAUGGGCAUAUUAGAAUUAUUUAUUAAAGCUAUUUCCUCAAUAUAAUUGUUACAAUAACUCCGUUCCGAUUUGUAUUUUUAGCUAAAUAUAUUUCAUUGUUGAUAUUAUUUUUAUCUCAGAUUCUAGCAACGUUAUAAAGCUCAAUUAUUAAAAUUAAGUAUUUAAAUUUUAAUAGCGAAAUUUAGUCCAUUAGGAAACUAUCAUUACUUGAGAUUGUCACUUUGGAAUUGACUUAACACUUAUCCCAAGUUUAUAUUUGAAUUCUGAGACCAAACUAUGUUUUCAACUAAGCCAUCAAGAUAUUGUAGGGAAUAAAGCUGCAUCGAUUUAUUUCAACAUUAUAACAUCUAUGCAUAAAAGGAAAUUGACCAAAUUUAACUUAUUUUGGUUACAAUGUAGUCUCACUUAGUUUGUAAUACAUCUUACUUUUUUCAUUCUCAGGAUUUAUGUAUUAAACUUGGACUGUGUAUUAUAAUUUCAUAAGAGUUUAACAUGUAUAGUUAUUUCAAUAUGAUGGUUGUGUUAUGUUAAAUAUUAAGCUAUUUAUUAAAUUGUUGCAAGUUUACGCUGAACACCAUCAAUCUGUGUAUAAAUUAGUUUCCUUGAAUGUACUCUUAAUUGGGACUUAAUUAUACAAUGUUUUGAUAAAAUGG